AUGGUUGUGUUUGAAUUUGACAUUGAGGUCUUGCCGGAGUCCAGGGACUGGAUACAUCAAAAACUCUUCACAACUUGGGCUAGGCCGCCGCUCAUGGUACUUGUAGUCGGAGCUGGUACUGGUGGGCUGAUGUCUGCUUUGGAGUGUUGGCGUAACGGCCAUGAAGGCGUAGGCAUUUUGGAACGAAGCGAGAAUCCCGUAUUUGCGGGAGACAUCAUUAUCUUCGGACCAUCAGCCGUAAGGACACUACGGCAUUGGCCACAGAUGUGCAAGGAGCUGGCAGAAGACAGCCGCGAGAGCGAGACAUAUUACCGCAGACAUUACGGCGAGUUGAUUUUAGGGCCCUCGGUGCCGAUAUACAACGAUCCGGAGUAUCUUGAAGAGCGUCGAGGCCUGCCUUUCGUGGCACCGUUCCAGAUACGGCGGAAGUUCCAUGAGAUGCUGCUUCGGCAAGUCGCUCGGAUAGGCCUCAGGAUUCAGUACGGCCAGCGCGCCGAGAAGUAUUUCGAGGAUGACUCAGUGGGAGUGGGUGGGGUGUUCACACAGGAAGGAGUGCAACAUGCCGCCGAUUUGGUCAUAGCGGCCGAUGGCCACCACUCGAGCUCUGAACUUCUUAUCGCCGACAAGCGUCUACCCACACGUUCAAGUGGCAUGUCAGUAUAUCGUACAGCUUUUCCAACCGAAUUGGCGAUGCGCAAUGACGCUUUCCAAAAGCAGUGGGGCGAGCGCACUAAAAAAGAAACUUCACAAGAUGAGCCAAAGGAAUCUUGGGAUCCAGAUGUCAGCUCGCAGGAGGUAUUAGCGGUCCUGGACCGUGUCUCAGAUUGGCAUCCCGCUAUCCAAGGUCUUGUCAGUUGGACACCUGAAGGCUCAAUCACGCACUGGCCCUUACUCUGGCGCAAUUUGCGCCCUAAGUGGACAUCGAAGAGUGGUAGAGUGGUACAGGUCGAACAUGUAGCGCAUACCACUGUCCCAUCCUCGGUCAGCGGAGGUACCUUGGCGGUUGAAGACGCUGUGACGCUCGCGGCUUGUCUGAGACAUGCGUGUACCGAUAGCGCUUCCAAGAAUGGACCGCUGGGUGCCCGUGUUUACAAUUUGCUACGCUAUGGGCGAGCCAGCUGCGUCCAAAAGAUGGCAUUCGUGAAUUCCCAGCUUAUGGGUGCAACUGAUUGGGAGAACAUCCGAAAGGAUCCAAAACAAAUUCGGCUCAAGUUCCCCAAAUGGGUCUUUCGACAUGAUGCUGAGACAUAUGUUGACGAUAAGUUCAGCCAGGCCCAGGCACACGUGCUGGAAGGCCAAUCUUUCCCGAAUACUAACACCCCAGCCGGUCACCUCUUCAAGCCUUGGACAAUUGAAGAGAUCCACAAGGACAUUGCAGAAGGCAAGGUUAUCGCGGAUUUACUAAAUGGCGACUGA